AUGGCGGCGUACGAGAAGCGGCGGGCGGCGGCUGCCCCGGCAACGGGCGGUGGGCUCCCGGAGCCGGCGCGCGCGGGGGCGGCGGCCCGCGGGCUGGGCACCGAGGCAGAGUUCCUGCUGCAGGCGGGCGUGACCGCCAUGGUGCGGGAGGCGCUGCUGAAGGUGCUGGAGGCGCGGCCCGCGGAGCCGGUCGCCUUCCUGGCCGACUACUUCGAGAAGCUGGUGCUGAGCAGCCCCGGUGCGGGGGGCGAGGCCGCCGCGGAGCCCCCGGGGCUGCCGCAGCGCCUGGCCCGGGCCCUGUGGUACGUGCGUCUGGCUCAUCAUUCGCACAGGACGGCGUUCAACAACAACGUGGGCAUGGCCUACGAGUGCCUGAGCGCCGGCGGCCGGCGGAAGCGGCCUGGCGUCGAUGGGCGGCUGUACAGCGAGCUGCUGCGGCGGAUCUGCCAGCCGGGGGCCGUGCCCGAGGACGUGGCGGCCACGCUGCUGCAGAAGAUCCAGUGCCGGGACCACGAGGCCGUGCCCUUCGACGUCUUCCGCUACGGCGUGCUCACCAGCUUCGUGCUGCUGGAGUUCGCCGCCAAGGCCGGCACCCUCUACGACGUGCUGGACGGCGGCUCCGGCCCGGCUGACAGGCGCGUCUGCCAGGCCGUCCUGCGCACGCUGGAAGACGCCCUUGGAGCCAGCGACUUCUCCGUGCCCAUCCGCUACCUAGAGGCCGGCUCCAAGCUGGGCCCGGACUGUUUGGCCUUGGCCAUGGACCGAGCGCUGCAGGAGAGGAAGCUGAGCAUCGCCAUGAGCAGGGAGGAGUUCCUGAAGAAAGCCACGGCCUUGUUUGUUACAAAAGUCAAACCCAUUGACUAAUGUUUCCGGGUGGGAGCAUUGCUCACCGCUUUCAUUUUUAAGUUCCUUAAGUGCUUCAAUCAGAGCAGCCUGUUUGGAGGAAGCUUCAGUUCCUGGACCUAAGCUGGACCGUAAGGCACCAGUGGGCUUGUCCUGCUCUUUGCUGCAGAGCCCUGGAUGUGCUUGACUAGAGAUUGCAGAUUUUCAUCUUUUAUCCCCUGUUUUGAGUGCUUUGAAUGAACAGUCACCUUUAGCACCUGGUGUUUCCAUAUCCAGGUCUGUCUGUCCUAGCUGUAGCCCCUCUUCAUUUACAACUGGCAUUAGUAACUUUUCUUAGGUUUUUAACUGGGAGCUUGCAAGGAGGCCUGUAAACUGUAGGACAAUGUUAGCAAUCAAAAAGGAGCCUAAAUGGGCUAAGUGUGGGGCUGGUACUCCAGUUAUCCUCCAUUUUCAUUCUAAUGCUGACAGUGUCAUAUUUGUGCAGCUUCAGCAGAGAACUUAAUCUCUGCUUUUGGGUCUGUUUUCCCCCAUCCUAUAAAAUGGAGGAUGAUGCUUAUCUACCUCACAGACUACUGUGAGGAUUUGCAGGUUGAUACUGGGCUAAUAUAAAGUGUGGUGUAAAGCAUUAUUCAUUAUGCAUUUAAAACAUUUUGCUUAGAAGGUGAACAAUGGUUGGCUGGAAAACAGUCCUCAUUAGGAAGAUCUGCUAGCCAAAAAGUCGAUUCUGCCUUGGCCAAUAACUGAGUUGUAAAGCUCACAUUGGCAAUAAACUAUCCUUAGUGUUUCAUUGUUCUGUACUUACUAAAAUGCCUUUGGCUUCUGCAAUUAUCUAUACUCUGAAAAUUAAAACUCAUACUUGACUAAUGACUUUUCAAGCAAAGCUGCACAGUACUACUGAUUUGAUAAUCUGAGACUUUAAGCACCAAGUAGAGUAAAAACAAAACAAACUCCAUUCCCUUAGAGUUCGUAUUUUGCUUUUAAACAGAGAAGGUUUUUGAAUCAUAUAUUAUUUAUUUGAAUCUGUCCAUGCUGAUUAUUUAUACCGUGUCAAUUAUUGGUUUACUGUAAUAUAUUAAAGCUUUUUUAUUAUUAUUAAGUGGCAAACUUGUUUACUGCUUGGUAAUACU